CACCUCCACCCGAGACCCCUCUGGCACGCGGGGGUCAAGCCAGCGGGAUUCCUCAUCCACCUCAAUCCUCUCCCCAACUGUGUUGUGAUCCUGUUCCUCAGCGGCACACUUGACCCCGAGGCUCCCCAGGCAAAACAAAGGGAUUAACUAUGAACUUCGCUCUCACCGGGAGACGCUGCCUUCCCCGGAACAGGAGGCUGUGACAUCCGAUGAAAACUCUUGAGUUCUCCACCUUGCAACACAAUGACUGAACUCCAGUAACCACGAGGCAGCCAUGGAGGGAGGAAGCAUUAUGAACUCCACGGUGAAUAACAGUGCCAUGGACGUCCAGCUGGUCACCCACAGCCUCUGGGAAGUGAUCACCAUCGCCACCGUGUCGGCCAUCGUCAGCCUCAUCACCAUCGUGGGGAACGUUCUCGUCAUGGUGUCGUUUAAAGUCAACAGUCAGCUGAAGACCGUGAAUAAUUACUACCUGCUGAGUCUGGCUGCUGCGGACCUCAUCAUCGGGGUCUUCUCCAUGAACCUCUACACCUCCUAUAUUCUGAUGGGCUACUGGGCCCUGGGUAACCUGGCCUGUGAUCUCUGGCUGGCGGUGGACUACGUGGCCAGUAACGCCUCGGUCAUGAACCUGCUGGUGAUCAGCUUCGACAGAUACUUCUCCAUCACCCGGCCUCUGACCUACAGGGCCAAACGGACUCCCAAGCGAGCCGGGAUCAUGAUCGGCUUAGCCUGGCUGGUGUCCCUCAUCCUGUGGGCCCCUCCUAUCCUCUGCUGGCAGUACUUUGUUGGAAAAAGGACUGUCCCCGAGAGGCAAUGCCAGAUCCAGUUUUUCUCAGAGCCUGUAAUCACCUUUGGGACGGCGAUCGCAGCCUUUUACAUUCCUGUCUCAGUCAUGACUAUCCUCUACUGUCGGAUCUAUAAAGAAACAGAGAAGAGGACAAAAGAUCUCGCGGAGCUCCAGGGGAUUAACUAUUCCUCAGACUCUGGGGCGAAUCAGCCUCAGAAGACCAUCAUCCGGUCUUGCUUCAGCUGUAAACUGAGAUCAGCUUCGCAGGACAGGAACCAGGCGUCCUGGUCGUCCUCCAGCAGGAGCAACGCUGCCAAAUCAGCAGCCUCCACCAACGACGAGUGGUCCAAAGCCGGUCAGCUGACCACCUUCAACAGCUACGCCUCGUCAGAGGACGAAGACAGGCCCGUGUCUCCGGGGGGCUUCCAGCCCUCCUUCAGGAACCCGGCCUGUGAGCCCGGGAAGAGUGGCGUGGGCAGCGAGAGCGAGCAGCUCAGCAGCUACGACGAGGACAGCUUCUUCCAGGCGCCGCCCAAAAGCAGCUCCCAGAAGAGCAGCAAGUGCGUCUCCUACAAGUUCAAGCCUGUGGUGAAGGACACUCCGGCCGAGCACCAGAGCAAGAACGGAGACACCAAGAGGGCUUCGUCAACGUUCUCCUCGGCCGAGUCCAUGAGCGUCCCGUCCACCUCCUCCACGUCCAAGCCCAUAGACGCCACCCUGAAGAACCAGAUCACCAAGAGGAAGAGGAUGGUGCUGAUCAAAGAGAGGAAGGCAGCUCAGACUCUCAGCGCCAUCCUGCUGGCCUUCAUCCUGACAUGGACGCCUUAUAACAUCAUGGUGCUGAUCUCCACCUUCUGCUCGGACUGCAUUCCCCUCUCGCUCUGGCAUCUGGGCUACUGGCUGUGCUACGUCAACAGCACCGUCAACCCCAUGUGCUACGCCCUGUGCAACAAGACCUUUCAGAAGACCUUUCGCAUGCUUUUACUCUGUCAGUGGAAGAAGAAAAGGAUUGAGGAGAAGCUUUACUGGUAUGGUCAAAACCCCGUGGUCAGCUCCAAGCUGACAUGAACUGCUUUCAAAAGACGGUGUUUAACAAAUAGCUGUUAAAAGAAACAAAAAAACACACAGCACGUCCCAAACAAUGAUCCUGGCUUCAUGGAGUUGAAUUUUAGCUAAAAUAAAUGUGUUGUUUCAAGAAGUUGGUGCAUCUUAUAGUGUUGCUGCCCAGUAAUCAGUAGGCCUGCUGUAGUGUUUGUUAAUCGCUGCUGAAACUCUGGAUGUGGAAAAAGCAUCACGUGGCACUGUGCAUUGGUUCAAAAAUGUUUUGGAAAAG